CGCAAAUCCAUCUUCCUCUUGAGACAGCGAGAAAGCAGAGAGAGAAGAGAGAAAGGAAAACCCAAAUCGUUUAGCUUUUGCUUCUCUCUUCACUCCUCUCUUGAUCUCUUCCAUUAUCUUCAAAAAAUAUAUAUAUAUAUAUAUAUGUAUAUAUAUCGGCUGCUUCGUUCUGAUCACCGCAGAUCAUCUCUCUAACGCUCUUUCUGCUCUGCGACAUUCUUGAGUGAACAACGAUGGUGUUCUGGGUUUUUGGCUAUGGCUCACUGGUGUGGAACCCUGGAUUUGACUAUGAUGAGAAAGUGAUCGGCUUCAUCAGAGAUUACAGGCGUGUAUUUGAUCUUGCAUGCAUUGAUCACAGAGGUACCCCUGAACACCCUGCAAGAACUUGCACGCUAGAGUACAUUGAAGGAUCCAUAUGCUGGGGUGCUGCUUACUGUGUUCGUGGAGGCCCUGAAAAGGAAAGGUUGGCGAUGGAGUAUUUGGAGAGGAGAGAGUGUGAAUAUGAUCAAAAGACAAUUGUGGACUUUUAUAAGGAAGGCGAACCCUUGCAGCCUGCUUUAAAGGGAGCCAUAGUAUUCACAUCCAUCGCUGACAAAGUAUCUAACAAAUACUACUUGGGACCUGCCCCAUUGGAAGAUAUGGCUAGACAAAUUGCCACUGCAUUUGGACCCUGUGGGAACAAUAGAGACUACCUUUUCCGGCUAGAGAAAGCCAUGUUUGAUAUAGGUCAUGAAGAUGACAUGGUGAUAGAAUUGGCAAACGAAGUUAGGAUGGUGCUUGGGAUUGUAGGGAAGAAGAGGUUGCCCGGGUCUCUACACAUCUCUCUCAAGUCCCAUCUGCCAGCCUUGGAACUGCCUCGCUUUCCAGAAGCUGUAGCCAUGGAUUCGUAAGUCGUAACAAUAGAAGGCUAAUAACCGAUCGAAGGAGGAAGACACCCUAACCCAACUAAUGAAGUUGUUGAAUCUUACACGGGCUUGCUUUUUUUUUACUUUUUCCCAGAAGAGGACAUGUUUCCCUUCAUUAACAGUGCAGUGUUAACCUUAAGCUUAUUUAGUUUUCAGUUAUGCAAAAUCAUAGCCCUUGAACUGAGUCAUAUGACUAACAACGUGUAACAGUUAUCGAUGGUACGGUAAAAUGACUGUAUUAUUGAUGGGAGGAUGAUACCAGAUUUUGAUCU